CUUUGUAGUGGUUUUCUGUUAAGUUGAAAACAUUUCUUUAUAUUAAUGUAGUAACUGAAAUUUCUUUUUUCUUCCAGCUGCCUUUGCUGCAGUGUUGCACUGGAGCCACAUAACACACCUCUUUGAAAAUGAUCGUCACUUUUCUCACCUCUCAACCUUGGAAAGGGAGAUGGCUUUUCGCACUGAAAUGGGGCUGUAUUAUUCCUACUUCAAGACUAUUGUGGAAGCGCCCUCGUUCUUAAAUGGAGUAUGGAUGAUUAUGAAUGACAGGCUGACCGAAUACCCCCUUGUAAUUAAUACAUUAAAAAGGUUCAAUCUUUACCCUGAGGUCAUCUUAGCCAGCUGGUACCGAAUUUAUACCAAAAUAAUGGACUUCGUUGGCAUUCAGACCAAGAUCUGUUGGACGGUUACCAGAGGAGAAGGGCUCAGCCCAAUCGAGAGCUGUGAAGGAUUGGGAGACCCCGCUUGCUUUUAUGUGGCUGUCAUUUUCCUUUUAAAUGGACUGAUGAUGGCUUUGUUCUUCAUUUAUGGCACGUGCCUCAGCGGCAGCCGGCUGGGGGGCGCGCUCACGGUGCUCUGCUUCUUCUUCAACCACGGCGAGUGCACCCGAGUGAUGUGGACACCGCCUCUCCGAGAGAGCUUCUCCUACCCCUUCCUCGUGCUGCAGAUGUUGCUCGUGACUCACAUUCUCAGGGCCACGAAACUCUGUCGAGGGAGCUUGAUUGCACUGUGCGUUUCCAAUGUGUUCUUCAUGCUCCCGUGGCAGUUCGCUCAGUUCGUACUCCUUACUCAGAUUGCUUCAUUAUUCACAGUGUAUGUUGUGGGAUACAUUGAUAUAUGCAAAUUACGGAAGAUCAUUUAUAUACACAUGAUUUCUCUUGCACUUUGUUUUGUUUUGAUGUUUGGAAACUCAAUGUUACUAACUUCUUAUUACGCUUCCUCUUUGGUGAUCAUUUGGGGUGUGCUGGCAAUGAAACCAUAUUUCCUGAAAAUAAAUGUAUCUGAACUUAGUUUAUGGGUCAUCCAAGGAUGUUCUUGGUUGUUUGGAACUGUCAUACUCAAGUAUUUGACAUCUAAAAUCUUCGGCAUUGCAGAUGACGCUCAUAUUGGCAACUUGCUAACAUCAAAAUUCUUCAGUUACAAGGAUUUCGAUACUCUGUUGUAUACCUGUGCAGCCGAGUUUGACUUCAUGGAAAAGGAGACUCCCCUGAGGUACACAAAGACACUGUUGCUUCCAGUGGUUCUCGUCGUGUUUAUUGCGAUUGUCAGAAAGAUUAUUAGUGACAUGUGGGGCGUCUUAACUAAACAGCAGACACAUGUAAGAAAACACCAGUUUGAUCAUGGAGAGCUGGUUUACCACGCCCUGCAGCUGGUAGCGUAUACAGCCCUCGGCGUCCUCAUCAUGCGACUGAAGCUCUUUUUGACACCACACAUGUGCGUUAUGGCUUCUUUAAUCUGCUCGAGGCAGCUCUUCGGAUGGCUCCUUUGCAAAGUGCAUCCUGGUGCUGUUUUCUUUGCUCUGUUAGCAGCAAUGUCAAUACAAGGUUCAGCCAAUCUACAAGCCCAGUGGAAUAUUGUGGGUGAAUUCAGCAACUUGCCACAAGAAGAACUUAUAGAGUGGAUCAAGUACAGCACCAAACCAGACGCGGUGUUUGCGGGUGCCAUGCCCACGAUGGCGAGUGUGAAACUCUCCGCACUCCGGCCCGUGGUGAACCAUCCGCACUAUGAAGAUGCAGGCUUGAGGGCCAGAACAAAAAUAGUAUACUCAAUGUACAGUCGAAAAGCAGCUGAGGAAGUGAAGCGAGAACUGAUCAAGUUACAAGUGAAUUAUUACAUCCUGGAAGAGUCGUGGUGUGUCAGAAGGUCCAAGCCCGGCUGCAGCAUGCCUGAGAUCUGGGACGUGGAAGACCCUGCUAACGCUGGGAAGCCGCCCUUGUGUAACCUCCUGGGGAAGGACUCGGAGCCCCACUUCACCACCGUGUUCCAGAACAGUGUUUACAAGGUCUUAGAAGUGAUAGAGGAGUGACCGCCGCCUGCAGACAAGUGCAGCAGCAAUGGUUUUAGUGUUUCCUAGUAACUCAUGCCUUGUUUCUAACCAAAUCCCAAAAACUUUUAUGGGGAACUGUUUUCCAAUAGGAAAUGUUUUAUUUGGUCAAUUUGAAUGUCAUUCUGGUUGUAAAAAUAUGUAUACCACUAUCAAUUGGUACUGUUUCAACGCACCCCUGAAAAUUUGCUAUGCAAAUAAGUAUGUGCUUAUGUUUCACUUAAACGUUUGUGCUAAAAUGAGCAAAGCUGCUUGUAUACAAAAUACAAAGGAGAUAUGAAAAUACAGUCACAACUGAGCUACGUUUUAUAGGGUCUGGUUUUACAGUUUAUGGACUAUCAAUGCCCCUUGCCUUUGUUUCUGCCCCUUACUCUUGUCUUUGGGACAUUCCAGUAGCGUGAGCUCCUCAGUCCUAUUGGUCCCUGUCACCAAGAGUAGUGGGGCUGACAGGGAAUUUGCUGUGUGGAAUUGUCAGUUCAGUUCUCCUCUUCGUGCUCUUUCGUUCUGUGCUGCUCUUGUUAAUGAAGCAUUUUCUGCCCAUUGUUACUCCAGACCCUUAGACCCAGUGGUCAGGUCCAAAUUCUGCACCAGCCCACAGCGUGGUGUUAGCGUGUCUCCUUCCACCCCCUGCCCCCUCCCCCCAGCAUUCUCUGUCAAAUAGUGGUAUUUACUCAUUUAGUUUCUUAUCAGGUACUUAUUCUUGGUUAAAAAAAUUUAAUGGCAAGUGGGUAUUUUCUCAUUUUUAGUAUUAUUCAAAUGUGUAUAUUUUAAUACCUUUAAACCACUUUUAAAAUUUUUCAUGUUUAAUUGUAGUUUUAAGGAAAACUAUUUUGAACAACCUCAGAUGUAAUGCAUCCAGAAGCUAAUGUAUAUUUCUGUAAACAGAAUUCACAGUGCACAGCAGACCGUAGUGUGUGGUAGUUUUUCUGUUACUGUUAAGAUAUACUAAAACAUGACUAAUUUUUCUGUCAAAAAGUAAAUGAAUAGUGAUACAUGAAUGGAGUUUUUAUAUUUUACUUUGAAAAUUGCCUGUCUUUAAUAAGACAAAAAGCCUUAAGCCUUAUAAUUUUGGUUCUAAAAACCGUUUCAGUAUGAGGAAUGAAUAUACUCAGCCUUCCUAUUUAUUUUAAUUUUGAAAUUUUCCAAACCUGCUCUGAAUUCCUAGUAUGAAUUUUUGUUCUCUAGAAGUUAAGUUGUGUAAAAUGAGAUUUUUCAAAACGGUGAAUCCCUUAUAGAUCUGAGAAAUGGUUUCAGGAUUUUAAAUUCUAAGCAAACAGGCCUCUGGUGGACUACACAUUUAAUUACAGCGCUCUCUCUAUUAACCGCAGGCCUGGUAACCUCACUGUGGGUCGCCCCGAGUCCCCAGAGAUGGCUUCGGCCCCACUCCCGGGAGCCCUGAGUCGCUCUGGUCCUUCUGCCUCCGCACCGGAGCCCACGGCCAGCCUGGCCUGGGGAAGCUCUAGCUCAGAGCAGAGCGCGGAGUGCGCAGCCCCUGCGCGCCCCCGGCCCACCUGUCCAGCCCCCAAAUUCUGUCAGUGUCUUUAGGUGCCUGCCCCCUCUUUGCCACUUGUUGGGUGACUUUUAUUUCUUGGGGUUUUGCCAGUUUCAGGAAACGGGAACGUCCCAGGAGCUGCGGGUCCGGAGUGGAAUUUGGGCGAUGCAGCAACCAUCCAGAAAAGGGGAAAGGGGGCGCCCGGGGUGGGAGGAGGGGAAGCGCACCCCACUCUGUCUGCAGCUGCUUCCACCCAAAUGUGGCAGUUUUUACAUUCAGCGGUUCCAAUUGUUUUUUUAAAAUGGCACUUUUAAAGCUAUUGUCUGUUCUUCCCACCCUCCAGUAACUUCCUUUCUAAUAAGUUCACGUGUAAUGGUUGGACAUUAAAAUACUGUGAUAACUGUUUCUGUGCUGGGAAAGGGUAAAAGUAGUCCAACUUGUUUUAUUUCAGAAGGUCACUGGUACCGGGACUUGUUCAUGUGGCUCCCAGCAAGCUCUGAUCCUGCUGGGGCCGGGUGGUGUAGACAGGCCUCGGGCUGCGCUUGCUGCACACUCGGUCUCGGUCACGCCCGGCAGCAGCCAGUGCUGCAGAUUAUAAAUCUCUUUUAUGUAACAUGGCCACCAUAGUAGGUUUGAUAAAUGUGACAACACAGUAUUAAAGCUCAGUAUUUUAUGCAUUUUUUGGCAUUUAAAAAUGUUUUUCCUUUAGUGUGAGGAAGGUAAGGAUGGGCAAGGAGGCAAUAAGACAGCUGUUGCUAUGACGUGAAAAAACAAAGUUGGGGCAGUAUUUCUAUAAAAAGACAAGCCUCUAACCAAGCUUAGCAGAGAAAGUGAGGUGUUAGAGAAAGGCAGUGAUACUAAGACAAUGAGAGGAUGCGCCAGGAAUAAAGUGACAUUACCUAGGAGUAUUGUAUUUUUAUGAAUUUUAUGCCGGGUGUUUACAUGUGCUAUGUAUGUUCAAUAAAAAAGAUCGUGAAAAUAUG